CUGGCCUGAUUGAUACUGCCUUGUCACGAUGCCUGUAAUUCCGCGUGACUGUCAGAUAAUAUUGCUCGAAUCCCUCCACCACGCGCCUUUCCAAACCCCUCCCGCUGCUCGCUUUAUAAACCGCUCUUCUUCUCCCGAGACCUGAAUCCGAGUGACGUAAACCGCCCAGCGUUUGCCGCGUAACUGAAUUUGGCAUUUAACAAAUACAGCAAAGAUGGUGUCAACUGAACUAUCUCGCGAAGAGAAUGUCUACAUGGCAAAAUUGGCCGAGCAGGCCGAGAGGUAUGAGGAAAUGGUUGAGUUCAUGGAGAAGGUUGCUAAAACCGUGGAUGUGGAUGAACUAACUGUGGAGGAAAGGAACCUUCUGUCAGUGGCCUACAAGAACGUGAUUGGUGCAAGGAGGGCCUCAUGGAGGAUCAUCUCUUCUAUUGAGCAAAAGGAAGAGAGCCGUGGACAUGAGGACCUUGUCAAAACUAUUAAAGAGUAUAGAGGCACAAUUGAGACUGAACUAAGCAAGAUAUGUGAUGGAAUAUUAAACCUCCUUGAGUCCCACUUGAUUCCUGCAGCUUCUUCUGCUGAAACUAAGGUUUUUUACUUGAAGAUGAAAGGUGAUUACUAUAGGUACCUUGCCGAGUUUAAGACUGGGUCCGAGAGGAAAGAAGCGGCUGAGAACACUUUGUUGUCAUAUAAGUCUGCUCAGGAUAUUGCAUUGGGUGAACUGGCUUCAACUCAUCCCAUUAGAUUGGGACUUGCCCUUAACUUCUCUGUGUUCUAUUACGAAAUCCUCAACUCACCUGAUCGUGCUUGCACCCUUGCAAAACAGGCCUUUGAUGAAGCUAUCUCGGAGCUUGACACACUGGGUGAAGAAUCUUACAAAGACAGUACAUUGAUCAUGCAACUUCUUAGAGAUAAUCUGACAUUGUGGACUUCUGAUGCCACGGAGGAUGCUGGAGAUGAGAUCAAGGAAGGUUCAAAGCGGGAAUCAGCUGAGGGGCAACAGUAACUCUGCAUAAUUUUUUUCCCCAUUUCUCCCAAUUUACAUACAUUACAAUGUUAUUAACGAACGAAUAUAUGCAAUGUCUGUGUGGUAUGGCCGUUUGGACAAUUGGACUUUGUGUACUUGAAGUAAUCUUUUUAGUUUUAAAAUUUUAAUGUGUUCAGUGUUCCCAUCAUCUGUUGGUUUAAUUAAUGAAGCAUGAUUAAAUUUGAGCUCCUAGUU